AUGAGAGUGAUUAUUUUUGCAACAAUUUUAAGCCAAGUGAUUUGUUUGCCAUCUCAAGAUCUGAAUCAUAUCGAUAUUGAAAAAUAUGACCAUUUAGUUUGGGAUUAUUUGGAAUAUUAUUUGAGAAAUUUUAUGAGGACAAAAAAUUCAAUACUUGAUCCUUAUAAAGAAGAAAAUCAAAUUACAAUUCAAUACAACGAUACUAAAUUUUUAGUAAAAGCCAAUUUUAGCGAUUUAAAUAUAAAUAAUUUAUCAAAUUAUGAUAUAAUGUAUUGCAAUGGUGAUCACAAAGAAAAUAUUAUUUUUGGAUUAAAUUUUCCAACUUUAACUAUCAACGGAUCUUACGAUGUUAAUCUUCGUCACCUGGAAAACGAUAUCAUCGGUAAAGGACAGUACAAUUUGACAAUAACAGAUUUGAGAGUUUUAUCUAAAGCUCAAAUAUCUUCACGGACUUAUUUAAAACGUAAUGGAAUUUAUUUCAAGUCACUUGCGCUCAAAAUAAUACCAGGAAUUUUUAAAGUAAUAAUUAUCUUCGUUACACUUUUGGUUGUAAACCAAGUGAUUGGUUCAUCGAUUGAAACUAAAAAUGAGACGGUUUUAUUAUUGGUGCGAAGCUUGAGUUCACAGUUGUAUAAUUUUUUGGAGUAUGAUUUAAGAGAAAUUAUGAGAUAUGGCAGUCCAGUUUUCGAUCCUUACGAACAGAGUCAACAAAAAUUUCAAUACAAUGAUAAUAAACUUUCAUUCAAAGGUACGUUUGAUGACUUUAGUGUCGAGAAUUUGUCAUACUACAAUGUAAAAAAAGCAACCGUCGGUUUUUGGACGCGUAAAGUUGAUGUUGAUUUAUAUUUUUCUUCAAUACUUUCUAGAGGAUUUUAUGAUGUUAAUUUUUAUUAUGACAGUACUCCUUAUGUUGGAAAAGGACAAUACAAGCGUAAUAACGCCCUUUUACACCCUAAGCCUUCACAUUUAUGCUUAGUUAACCUGCCUUUAUCAUUGCGGCUGUGGACCGACUUGUGCCUUCUGUACCGUAUUCACCCUGAUCCUCACCACUCGGGUAUUGGAACAGAAACAUGGGGAAACCACAGAGAAAACCCAUCUCUUAUAUUUACUGCAAGAAGUUUAAAUAGUCAAUUAAAAAAUUUUCUUGAAAAUGAUCUAAGAAAUAUUAUGAGAAAUAGUCAACCAAUUCUUGAUCCGUACAAAUCAGAUGGACAAAUCAUGGAAUUCGAUGAUGGAACAUUAAUGAUAAAUGGAAAAUUGAGUAAGUUUACUGUGGAUAAUUUAUCAAAUUAUAUUGUAAGGAGUUCAAAUGUAAAUAUUUGGAAUAGAAAAGUAAAUAUUGAAUUGAAUUUUCCCACGAUAACUUCCAGUGGAUUUUAUAAUGUAGAUGCUCGAUAUAAAAAUAUUCCUUAUAUUGGAAAUGGAUAUUACAACGUAACUGUCCGAGAUUUUUCAAUUUCAGCUGAACUAUAUAUUAAAAUAAUUGGAGGUGUUCAAAUUAAAUCUCUUGUUUUGAAAAUAUCAAUUGGAGGUUUUGAUUUUGUAGCGUCAAGUGACAACUUUGACGAUGAAGAGGAAUCGAACGAAUGGAGCGCUAAUAUAUCUCAACUGGUACCAAUUGUAAUUUCUGAUCAUCAUGACCCAAUAGUAGCAUUUGUUACUCCAAAAAUAAUAGCCGCUAUCAACCAACAGCUUCAGAACAAUUUACUUAAAAAUAAUAAUGAUAAUGCAGACAUUAGUAUUUCUAAUAUUUCCGGUUAUAAUAACUCUGCUUUCAUACUUUGUAUUAAUUAUUAUGUAAAUACGCAUACUAAAAAACAUUGCAAAGCUGUUUUGCGGAGUUCAGAUAAAAGAUUGUCGAACUUUCUUAACAAUGAUUUAAGAAAAAUAAUGAGAGAAAAAGAACCGAUUUACGAUCCUUAUUUAUCUAAUCAACAUAUUAUUGACUACAGGAACAAAAUCAUUAACUUUAAAGGUAAAUUCACCGAUUUCAAUAUUAAAAAUUUAUCUCACUACAUUGUCAAAAAAUCGAGCGUUAAUUAUUGGUUCAGAAGAAUUAUCGUCGACUUAAGUUUUCCACAAAUAAUAUCUAGCGGAAUGUAUGAUAUUAAUGCUCGGUAUUUAAACAGAAUUUACGUCGGAAAAGGACAUUACAACUUAACUGUUACAAAUUCAUUAGUUUCUUUUAUAGUCAGCACAAAUAUGUUCGGCGACCUUGAAGUUAAAUCUGUUAGAUUAAAAAUGUCCUUAGGAAAAUUUUAUGUUUCAGCAACAAAUGAAUUUUUAACCAAUCAAGAAAGUAAAAAAUGGAGUGAAAAUUUAUCAAAGAUCAUUCCAAGAAUGAUUACUGAUAAUUACAAAGCUAUAUCGUCAUAUUUAUCUAAAAAACUUGUUGUUAUUAUAAACGAUCAAAUAAAAAACCACGGAAUGUUUGGUUGA